AUGGCGUCCACUGCUGUUUCCGCCAAGCGCAAUGCGCUUCGUCGCAACCCCACCGAGUCCUCGGUCCCCAGCUCAGAGGCUGCUUCGCCCUUCGACAGCCCUCGCCAGUCCCCUUCGUCGACUUCACUGUCCUCCUUGGGUUCGGACCAGGAGAAGACCAACUCCAAGAUGCUGGAUACCUAUGGCAAUGAGUUCAAGAUCCCCGACUUCACCAUCAAGCAGAUCCGUGACGCUAUCCCCGCGCACUGCUUCCAGCGUUCCGCGAUCACCAGUUUAUACUAUGUCUUCCGUGACUUUGCCAUUCUGGCAACCAUCUUCUAUGUCUUCCACAACUAUGUCACCCCCGAGACUGUGCCUCUGAUGCCCGCUCGCGUGGCUCUGUGGACUCUUUAUACCAUUGUCCAGGGUCUGGUCGGUACCGGUGUUUGGGUCUUGGCCCACGAGUGUGGUCACCAGGCUUUCUCUCCCUCCAAGGUCCUGAACGACACUGUCGGUUGGUUCUGCCACUCUCUGCUGCUCGUCCCUUACUUCUCCUGGAAGAUCUCCCACGGAAAGCACCACAAGGCCACUGGUAACCUUGCCCGUGACAUGGUGUUCGUCCCCAAGACUCGCAGCGAUUACGCUACCCGUGUUGGCAAGACCCUUCACGAGGUCGGCGAGCUGAUGGAGGAUACCCCCAUCGUGACUGCCUCCAACCUGCUCCUUCAGCAGCUCUUCGGAUGGCCCCUGUACCUGAUCAUCAACGUUACUGGCCACAACAACCACACCAAGCAGCCCGAGGGCCGCGGUAAGGGCAAGGCCAACGGAUGGUUCGGUGGAGUCAACCACUUCAACCCUGACAGCCCUCUGUACGAGGCCAAGGAUGCCAAGCUGAUUGCCCUGAGUGACCUCGGUCUCUUCCUCACUGGCUCCCUGCUUUACACCAUCGGCUCCAAGUUUGGCUGGCUCAACCUUUUGGUCUGGUACGGUAUCCCGUACCUGUGGGUUAACCACUGGCUGGUUGCCAUCACCUUCCUGCAGCACACCGACCCUACCCUCCCCCACUACCAGCCUGAGGUCUGGAACUUCGCCCGUGGCGCUGCUGCCACCAUCGAUCGUGACUUCGGCUUCGUCGGUCGUCACAUCUUCCACGGCAUCAUCGAGACCCACGUCCUGCACCACUAUGUCAGCAACAUCCCCUUCUACAACGCCGAUGAGGCCAGCGAGGCCAUCCAGGGCGUGAUGGGUAGCCACUACCGCACCGAGGCCCAGACCGGCUGGACUGGUUUCUUCAAGGCCAUGUGGACCAGUGCCCGUGUCUGCCAGUGGGUCGAGCCCAACGAGGGUGCCAAGGGUGAGAGUCAGGGUGUGCUCUUCUUCCGCAACGUCAACGGCGUCGGCGUUCCCCCUGCCAAGAUGGCCAAAUAG